CCUACCAGCUCUUAGCCAUCAUGUUUUCCCAGCUAGUUAGGUUCUGUAAACUGAAUGGUAUCGAGCUGCGAGCCGGCAGGGCUGCCUCCCAUAGCAUAGUGAAGUACUUCUCACUUGCGUCACAAGACUGUUUGCAUAAGCUUAGUCAAGGCUUUGGGAGCCGCCCUCCGUUGCACCUUGUGCUAUAUUAGUGCGUCUCAGACAGGAAGAAUUUUCUUUUGCUGGUGCUGCCGUGACGUGUCCGGUUACCUUCAAAAAGAUUGAAUAACCAAGAAAUGACUAAUCAGGAGUCUGCUGACCUUUUGAAAAUGAUGCCCGAAUUUCAGAAAAGCUCAGUGCGCAUCAAAAAUCCUACAAGAGUAGAAGAAAUCAUCUGUGGUCUCAUUAAAGGAGGAGCUGCCAAACUUCAGAUAAUAACAGACUUUGAUAUGACGCUAAGUAGGUUCUCCUACAAUGGGAGAAGAUGCCCAUCAUGUCAUAAUAUCAUUGACAACUGUAAACUUGUUACAGACGAAUGUCGAGAAAAGCUGCUGCAGCUGAAGAAGCAGUAUUACGCCAUUGAGGUUGCUCCCGACCUCACCGUGGAAGAGAAGUUCCCUUACAUGGUAGAGUGGUAUACUAAAUCACAUGGUUUGCUUGUUGAACAAGGCAUACCAAAAGCCAAACUUAAAGAGAUUGUGGCAGACUCUGAUGUCAUGCUCAAGGAAGGAUAUGAGAAUUUCUUUGGUAAACUUCAUCAGCACGGUAUCCCUGUGUUCAUAUUUUCGGCUGGUAUCGGUGAUGUGCUUGAAGAAGUUAUACGUCAAGCUGGAGUUUACCAUUCAAAUGUCAAAGUGGUAUCCAACUUCAUGGAUUUUGAUGAAAAUGGAGUACUGAAAGGAUUCAAAGGAGAACUAAUUCAUGUAUUCAACAAACAUGAUGGUGCCUUGAAGAACACAGACUAUUUCAACCAACUGAAAGACAACAGCAACAUUAUUCUGCUGGGGGACUCCCAGGGAGACUUGAGGAUGGCAGACGGCGUAGCCAACGUUGAACACAUUCUGAAAAUUGGGUAUCUGAAUGACAGAGUAGACGACCUUUUAGAACAAUACAUGGACUCUUACGAUAUUGUUUUAGUAAAAGAAGAAUCACUGGAGGUUGUCAACUCGAUUUUACAAAAGACAUUAUAAUCAAGCCAUUUGUGAGAAGACGUCUCCCACAGGUGCAGCUGAAACCAGCACCAGCCAUCUUGAGGAAAGACUCUUAUUUAUAAGACAUUCUUGCUUUUGGCAUUUUCCCCUUUCCCUUCAGGUGGGAGUCCUCGGAUCUUCAGAUGUGUUGAACCUGCAGCCCCUUCUUUCACACACAACACUCACCAGAUUUUUUUAAGCAAUUAAAAACGAUCUUAAGGCCAAAAUUAGAAAAAGAACUCCCUUUUCCAAAGUGAAUUUUGUAGUUUGGUUUUCUUCAGUUUCUGGGCACUGUGUGGAGGCUCAGAGUGAUAGUGUGGCAGGUGAUAGUGUCUUUGAUUUUAACCACUGCCAGAUUUGUGAUUUGGGUGGAGUGUGAUAACACCAUCUCCUAAAAUAAUGUUUUGUUUGGUUAUUUUGUCUGGAAAAAAAAUUUUGCCAGGGAAGUCCAGCACUUUGUAUCUGAAAAACUGUUGGUGUCCAUAUCACGAACGUUACAGAUCUGUGUGAAACACUGAAAAUAAACCUGAAAUUAAAAGCG